GGGAGGAGCCCGUCUGGCUGGCGGAGCUGCGCGCUCUCGCGUCCUGGCCGCUGCCGCGGGAGGAGGGAUCCGCGCGGGCGCGCGCCUCCCCCCUUCAGAAGCCGCCUCCGCGUCUGGGAGACGCGCUUCUGGCCCCGCCCCCUUCCGCGGACGGCCCCCCCCCCUCCCCGCGCGCCGGGAGAUGUGAUGAGGGACCCAGAGCGGUUCCUGAGGAGGCUGCCCACCACUCCGUCCUGGAUGUGGCCGGUGGAUCCAGGACCCUACAGCUGACACAGUGGCAAAAGCUGCCGAGCGUGGAGGUGGAGUAGCUGCGUCCCCCACAGGAAGGAGGCAUGGAGAGAGCGGCUGAAGCGUGUGUGAACCGCAACGAGGAAGACGAGAUGGAAAUCUCCGGCCACAGCCCCUGCUGCUGGAAACUGGCGCUGGUCUCGCUGGGCACCGUCUGCAGUGGAGGCUUCCUUCUCCUCUUCCUCUAUUGGCUGCCAGAACUGAGCGUCAAGUGGACCUGCCGGGCUGUGCCGCUGCGGGAUGCCCGGGUCGUGCUGCUACGGACCACGGAUGAGUUCCGGACCUGGGCCCGGGUCCGGGUGCGUUCCCUGCUUGCUCCUGGAUCCCAGCCCUUGGGUGCCCCGCAGCCGUCGGAGAACAAGAGGCCCUUGUGCCAGGCCAGCCAGCUGGAGGAGCUGACAGAGGUCCGCUUCUUUGUCCACCAUCACGUGCGCUACCUCUGGAGUGCCGAGUCCCAGUCCUUCCGGCGGCUGACGGCCCUGGACGCGGGGCUGCCUUGCGCCUCCCUGCACACCUCCCACGGAGCCGGCCUACCUCGCAGCACCCAGGACUACAGGAGGCUUUUUUAUGGAGCCAACAAAAUCGACGUGAAAGUGCCUUCCAUCCCCACGCUCCUCAUCAAGGAGGUGCUGAACCCCUUCUACGUGUUCCAAGUCUUCAGCAUGGUGCUGUGGUCCCUGGACGAUUACUACCUGUACGCCUCGGCCAUCCUCUUCAUGUCUCUGGUGUCCAUCGGCUGCUCCCUCUACACUAUUCGGAAGCAAUACGUCCUUCUGCACGACAUGGUCGCUGCUCACAACGUCAUCCGCGUGACGGUGUAUCGGGGCCCCCAUGAGACAGAGGAGAUCUUCUCCACAGAGCUGGUGCCGGGGGACGUGCUGCUGGUGCCCCCGGGCGGGCUGAUGUUACCCUGUGAUGCGGUGCUGCUGAACGGCACAGCCAUCGUCAACGAGAGCAUGCUGACGGGUGAGAGCGUCCCAGUCACCAAGACGGCUCUGCCUAAGCCCACCCAAGGCGCCAACGGGCUGUUCCAGGAUCCAGCGUACAGCCCAGAGGAGCACAAGCGGCACACGCUCUUCUGUGGCACCUCCAUCAUCCAGACGCGGUACUACUCUGGGGAAGUGGUGCGGGCUCUGGUCAUCCGGACAGGUUUCUCCAGUUCAAAGGGGCAGCUGGUUUGCUCCAUUUUAUUCCCAAAGCCGACUGAUUUCCGCCUGUACAGGGACGCCUGCCGGUUCCUUCUUUGCCUGGUGGGAGUUGCUGGAGUUGGGAUGUUGUACUCAGUGGUACGCAGCAUCCAACAGGGGGAGCAGGUGGGCCGCAUCAUCUUGGAAUCCCUGGACAUUUUGACCAUCACGGUGCCGCCGGCGUUGCCUGCAGCCAUGACCGCAGGGGUGGUGUACGCCCAGCGGCGCCUCCGUGGGAAGCAGAUCUUCUCUAUCAGCCCUCAGCGCAUCAACAUCUGUGGCCAGCUGAACCUGAUGUGCUUUGAUAAGACGGGGACCCUGACUGAGGACGGGCUGGACUUCUGGGGUUUUGUGCGAGUGCAGAACGGCAGCUUCCUCCCAGUCGGGCAGGACAUCUGUGCCCCAAGUCUGUCUGGCUCUCCGUUGGUUGCUGCCAUGGCUGCCUGCCACUCCCUCACCACUAUUGGGGGGCGUCUUUCAGGGGAUCCCCUUGACCUCAAGGUGUUCGAGGCCACCGGAUGGGUGUUGGAAGAGCCCACGCAGGAAGAGACGGCUCUCCAUGACCAAAUCCAGCCCACCGUUGUCCAUCCUCCUGGCCAGACCCCUCCUGAAAUCCCAGAGGGAGCGUCUGAGGACGAGGAGCUCAUGGAACUGAUGAAGCUCUACCAGAUCGGAAUCUUGAUGCAGUUCCCCUUCUCCUCGAGCCUGCAGCGCAUGAGCGUUGUGACGCGCACCCUGGGGGAGAAGAAGCUGGUUGCCUACAUGAAGGGGGCCCCGGAGACUGUGGGCAGCCUCUGCCGCAGGGAGACAGUUCCAGACGAUUUCUCGGCUGUGCUGGAGAAGUACACCCAGCAGGGGCUGCGGGUCAUUGCCCUGGCCAGCCGCCGGCUGGAGAACAAAUACACGUGGCACAAGAUCCAGCACGUGAGCAGAGACGUCAUUGAAUGCGGCAUGGAGUUCUUGGGGCUCGUCAUGCUGCAGAACAAGCUGAAAGCAGAGACCGUGCCCGUCCUGGCGGAGCUGCGCAGAGCCUGCAUUCGUCCGGUCAUGGUGACAGGAGAUAACCUGCUGACGGCGGUCUCCGUGGGCCGGGAGUGUGGCAUCAUCCCAGCCAAGGGGAAGGUGAUCUUGACGGAGGCCCUGCCCCCCAGGGACGGGCAGCCGGCCACCAUCAACUGGCAGUACGCGGAUGAGCUGCCCGCUGAAGUCGUGGAGAAGGCGAGCAAGGAGGAGAUCAAACUCAUGCUGGACGAGGAAGAGCUGCCGCCGGAGCCCCGGGGGCCAAAUGUCGCAGAUAACAGUUACCACUUUGCCAUCGGAGGGAAAUCCUUUGCGGUCAUUCUGGAUCACUUCCCUGACCUGUUAUCCAAGCUACUGCUCUGUGGCACGGUCUACGCCCGCAUGGCCCCGGACCAGAAGACCCAGCUCAUCGAAGCCCUACAGCAGAUGGACUACUAUGUGGGCAUGUGUGGGGACGGAGCCAACGAUUGUGGGGCUUUGAAACGGGCUCACGCCGGCAUCUCCCUCUCGGAGCUGGAGGCCUCCGUGGCUUCUCCCUUCACCUCCAAGACGCCAAACAUCUCCUGUGUCCCAGACCUCAUCCGGGAAGGCCGAGCUGCCCUCGUGACCUCCUUCUGCGUCUUCAAGUUCAUGGCCCUGUAUAGCAUCAUCCAGUACCUCAGUGUCCUGCUUCUCUACUCUAUCCUGAGCAACUUGGGAGACGUGCAGUACCUCUUCAUCGACACGGCCAUCAUCCUGUCUCUGGCUUUCACCAUGAGUCUGAACAGGGCCUGGCCUGAGCUGGCCCCCCAGCGGCCCCCCACCAGCCUGGUGUCUCCUCAGCUGCUGCUCUCUGUGCUCACCCAGAUCCUCCUGUCUCUGGGCUUCCAGGUGGGGGCUUUUCUCCUUGUCCAGAGGCAGCCGUGGAACCGCCCCAGCAAGGACAAGCAGUGCGGACCCGUGGCCAACCUCACGCUGGACUCCAACAGCACGUCCUCCAGGAACGGCACGGCGGGGCUGGAUCCCGCUGGGGGGGAAGGGGACGACCACCCCUCUGUGCGCAGCUUUGAAAACACCACCCUCUUCUACGUCUCCUGCUUCCAGUACGUGGCCGUGGCGCUGGCCUUUGCCAAGGGUCGCCCUUUCCGGCAGCCCAUUCAGACCAAUGGUUUAUUUCUGGCCUCCCUGGUGACCAUUUCCAGCUUCUUGCUGCUGCUUCUUCUGUGGCCGAUUCCUGUCCUAGACGAGCUCUUAGAGCUGGACUGCAUCCCGUACGAGUGGAGACUCAUCCUGUUGGCCUUGACGCUGAGCAACCUGGUCCUGUCCCUCUCUUUGGAGAACUUUGUCUGCGACUGUGAUCCUCUCUGGCAGCGGGUCUGCUACGCGCAGCGGAAAUUUGAAUACCCGAACCAGGCUACUUACCCCCAGUUGGAGCUGGAUGAAAUGGCCCCUGGCUACUCCUGCCGCCUGUACGCUCCCCCUCGGGCCAAGUACAAGCGUCUGGCCCAGGAGUUGCUCUUUGACCCCGACUGGCCUCCACAGCCAAAGACCAGCACCAAGGCCCAGCUGCCCCCUGCGGAGAGCACCGCCUAGAGACAGGCCUGGGCCCACACCGCUCCGGGAAGGCUGCAGCAGUUGGAAGACCGGCCUAGCAGGGGCCGCAAUCAGGAAGCAGAGAGCAUCGUGGGACUUGUAGGGCGCCCCCCUCCCCCCUGUAAGGUCACAAAACGAGCCCAGUGUGCGGAGUCUAGCAGUGCCACUUCCUCUCCUGCUGCUCUUGCACUUCUCCAGGGCUGCAUUCAUCGUUUGCAUGGGAGGAGAGUCCAUGCCUUAAUUCCAGUUUGCCCAAGACCCCCAUGGCGUCUUUGUGACUGGGGGGGGAGGAUUGUGUGUCUCUUUCUGAGCUGAGGACCAACGAAGGGGGCGGCUUUCCGCCUGCCUGGGGCUUUUACCCUCCCAGUUUUUCAAAGAGAAAAGAUCAUUCUAAGACUCUUUAAGUUAUUGGCAGCGGAGGGAGCGGAAACGGAAGUGCUCUCUGCUUCUCCGCCCACUCUUCCUUUUGGUUUGUCCUUCCUGUGUCUUCCCCAAAUGUUUCCAUUUCUCCAUUCCAAGGCUGCUGCCUGCAAGAUCCUCCUCUGGUUUCUCAUCCCCACCCCCCUGGCAGGGGAACACAAUUAAAUUUUUUCUUUAUGGCUUGA